UUCAGACAAAAGAUUCCUAUUUAACUCCGAUUAAAUAUCACAACUGAGACUGAGAAUGCAAGGAAGCGAACUGAAAUACUUUUCUGGCGAGAAUAAAGAGAUGGGAUUGGAGAAAGAGCAAGAAUUGGAAUGGAUUGAAGCUCAAAAGAUAGAGAUAAGUUUGGAUAUUGUGGCUGCCGCCAAGAAGCACCUUGAAUUUCUUGCUGCUGUCGAUAGGAAUCGUUGGCUCUACGAUGGUCCUACUCUCCAAAGAGCCAUUUACAGGUACAAUGCUUACUGGCUUCCCUUGCUUGCCAAAUGUUGCGAUGAAAUGAUUUUGGAAGGGCCUCUGGUUGUUCCUCUCGAUUGUGAAUGGAUUUGGCAUUGCCAUAGGCUAAAUCCCGUUCGUUACAAGUCUGACUGUGAGGAACUUUAUGGAAUGAUCCUUGACAACUCUAGUGUUGUAUCUUCUCUUCAAGGCACGUGUAAAAGGAAAACGGAAGUAAUUUGGAACAGAUUUUAUCCGGAUGAACCUUAUGACUUCGAUUUCACUAGAGCAUCAUCUGAAAAUACCUCUGAAACGCUUUCUGGACUCGAAAAACACACCGAAUAUGAUCUAAUUUCUGCUGUAAAAAGGCAGAGUCCUUUCUUUUAUCAGGUAUCCAGAGAGCAUAUGAAUAAUGAUGUAUUUAUUCAAGAAGCUGUAGCUAGAUAUAAGGGUUUCCUUCAUUUGAUCAAGAGGAAUCGAGAAAAGUCCAUUAAACGCUUUUGCGUUCCAACUUAUGACAUCGACCUUAUCUGGCACACCCACCAGUUGCAUCCUGUCUUUUACUGCAUAGAUUUGAACAGAACACUUGGCAAGAUAUUGGAGCAUGAUGAUACUGAUUCGGAUCGAACUAAAGGGAAGAAGCUUGAUGUUGGGUUUUCAGGGACUACUAAACAGUGGGAGGAUACAUUUGGCACAAGAUACUGGAAGGCAGGGGCCAUGUAUAGAGGGAAUUCUCCAUCUCCUAUCACAACCAUUCCUUGCGUGCCUGACAUUUUACCUAAGGAAGUAGAUGCUGCAAACGAGUUUCUGAAAAUUAUUAAGCUUCCUGAGAUGAGGGUUGUAGAGGUCUUUUUGGAGAUUGUUGAAGUUAAGAACUUAACGGAUGAAAAGAAGGGAAACCUCUUUGUCCUGUUUAGUAAAACUCAACCAGAUGUGUUCUGUAAUAAUAAGCAGAAACUGACUAUCUUAUCUGAGUCUGGGAAGAAACAGGUUGCUUCAUUUCAGUGUGAACCUACUGGUGAACUGCUCUUUGAACUCGUAUCACAUUCAGUUUCCACCUUACCAGGAAAAAAGACAUGCAAAACUCUAGGUACUGCUUCACUCUCCAUACAAGAGUUUCUAGUUCCGGUUUCCAAACUUGCCAUGGAGAAGUGUUUGGAUUUGGUGCCUGCUUCUGGAAAUGGUUCUUCAAAACCAUUUGGCCUACGUGUUUCUGUUUCAUUCACAGUUCCUACAGUAGCACCACAUGUGCUUCACAUGGUUCGCCCCCUUGCUUUUUCAAAAGGUUCUUGUUUUCAACUCCCUCUUGCUGAAACGGUCCCAGCUGAUAAGAGCUACACCCGUGUCAUUGAUGAAACUCAAGCUGAGGUCAUUAGGCUCCAAAUGAGGGAAUCUGGAAUGGCAAAGAUGAAAGAGAGCAGCCUCUCAAGGAAGCAAGUAAUUGGUAUCUCAAAGCAUGGAGAAACUCUUACUGUAGCUGAGUUUCUUGGGACUCAUUGGUCCUUGAUGAAUUCUCAAUGGGUUCUUCAGCAUUCAGAUGAAGCCGAUGAAAAUGGUCAUCUCUUUGAUCUCAAAGGCAAUAGGAUGGUAAAGGUUUUUCUUGGCAGAAAACUGGAUUAUGAACCCAAACACUGUGAGAAGAAAAAGAAGGAAGGUGACUUUAUGACUGCAGUUGAAUUUUCUGCUGAACAUCCAUAUGGAAAAGCUGUUGCUUUGCUUAACUUGAAAUCAAGAUGUCUGAAGGCAAAGGAGGAAUGGUUUGUUUUGCCUGGGUUGGUAUCAGUGUUUAUAUUUCAUCACAUUUUAAAGAAGAAAGGACGCAAAGGCUUGACCAUUGAUGGCAAAAGUAAGAAAAAGAUAGAUGGUGCUAUACCAAAGGUAUAUGUUGAGAAUGAACAGCCUGCCAACUUUACAGCCUCCAUAGAACCUGAAGUCCUUUCAGAUGAUGAUAUGACCUUAGAAAAUGCAGUGAUACCCCAAAAAGAUGGUUCAUGCAAUGGGGACUAUGGAGGCCAGAAAGGAAGCAUUGUAAAAAGUGGUGGCUGUGGUGGUUGUGGUGCCGGAUGUGGAAACAUGGUGAAGAGUAGCGGCAGUGGCGGUUGUGGUGGUGGCUGUGGUGGAGGUUGUGGAAGCAUGGUGAAUAGCGGCGGCUGUGGCGGUUGUGGUGGUGGCUGUGGUGGAGGUUGUGGAAGCAUGGUGAAUAGCAGCGGUUGUGGCGGUUGUGGUGGUGGCUGUGGUGGCUGUGGUGGAGGUUGUGGAAGCAUGGUGAAUAGCAGCAGUUGUGGUGGUUGUGCUGGUGGCUGUGGUGGCUGUGGUGGAGGUUGUGGAAGCAUGGUGAAUAGCAGCGGCUGUGGUGCUGGCUAUGGGCUAACUGUGGUGGGUGCAACGGAGGUUGUGAAAGCAUAGCGAACGGCAGCAGCUGUGGAAUAUAUCUGGUUCUGUUUCUUCAGGUUCUGGCUUGUGUGUAUAGUUGUUUCCUUGGAAAAUAAAUGGAAAAUGUAUUACAACAGUAAUACAAGUAACCAAAA